AUGCCCGCACAAUCGCCGGGCAUGGCACGACUAGAGCCCUGGGAUCCCACGACGCCGCUCGUCCUGCGUGAGCCUAUGGACCCUCCCACAACACCCUCACGAUUCGGUAUCGGCGGCGACCCCAUCGAAUUGUACCAGAACUUGCACGCGUGCCUACGCGUGGGCCGCAUGGACAGAGCAACGGCCAUCAUCCAGCGCCUCACGGCCAUGUACAGCCCGACGGCGAGUGAGGUGGUCGAGGCGCACAACGCUUACCUGCAGACAAUGUUUGAGCUGGCCCAGCAGAACCCCGAGGCAUAUUCAAUGGGUACCAUCGAGGAGUGGUACGAUUCACACAUGGUGCGAAAGGCCAUCGAACCCAAUGCUGGCACGUUCGUCACACUUCUGCGAGCGUCCAUGUCUUUGCUCGAGGGUAGCGAAAGGCACCGGUCGCUGCGCAAAUAUCUCGCCAUGGCCGAAGCAAGUUGCGGCUCGGACGUUAUGGACGCCAUCAACUACUCGGAAGACUUUGACGACCACGAAUGGGAUGCGCUUAUCCGUGCCCAACCAGAACGCUUCCAGGAACCACCUGCGCUGGAGCAGCCUGCCGAUGUUGCGCAUCAGUACGAUAUGAGUACGCCACUUGGAGCCCAGGCGCUUAUCGACCAUGGCAUCCUUCCCAAUCCUGCACACAGCGUGAAGGAAGUCGCGCAGAAGGGCCAAGGUCUCAACGCACUCAAAAACGCACUCGCCGUAUUCGACCAAAGCUCGCGGGUUCCCUACCCACACGAGAUGGAGGGCUCACAGGGAGAGAAAGAACGUGCUUUUGCCUACAUGCGCCAGCUGCAAAUCGAGCGUGACGCGACCGAGGCUGCGAUCAACCGGUGGAAGAUCGAAGACGAAAAACUCCAAGAGCUCGGUAUUCACGGUGUGCUCAAGACCAAACCGAUACAAGCUCUGAUGUGGCAAUGGUAUUCUGCUCUUCUCCCACGCAUUAAGAAGGAGUACGCACGUGUUCACGAAGUACUUUCUGCACCAUCUUCAAAGAGUCAAAGCGACGAGAGGCUUGUUUACGGGCCAUUCCUCGAGAUGUGCAAGCCCGAAAAGAUGGCAGCACUCACAGUUUCGCGCAUAAUCCAGAGCGUUGCGAUUGGUCGGGGCGAUAGUGUGAACGAGCUGAAAAUCUCCCAACUUUCUCAUAGCCUAGCAGAGGACAUUCGGAACGAGGCGAACGCGGAUGCAAGAGACAAAUUGCUCUCUCAGCGGAAGAAACAGCGCAAACAAGCACGUCGAGCAAUGCUAGAUUCUCUGUCGUUACAACCGCAAGGCGCCAAACCAGAAGAACACACGACCAAACUCGCUGAAUACCCUGUGGACUCUUUUUUGCAAAAGGAGAUGCCUACAGCAAUCAAGACUAGGAUCGGUGCCUUGUUGAUUGAGCUUUUUCUGCAAGCAGCCAUGGUCACCGUGACAGCUGAAGAUCCUAAUUCCGGCAAAACUUUGACCAGCACGCAACCUGCGUUCAACCACCAUGUUGGCUAUGCCAACGGCAAGAGAACGGGAUGGCUCGUGCCCCAUCAGGGAAUCAUCAAGAAACUGAUGAAUGAGCCUACGCAUUCCAUUAACAGUGUCCAGCUUCCGAUGGUUUUCGAACCCAAGCCUUGGACUGCUUUUGAUGAAGGCGGCUACUACACGGGUUCACAGGGCGUGGUUCGUUUGAAGAACCAUGACCUCUCACAACGCGCAUACGCUCAAUCGGCUAUAGAAAAUGGCGACAUGGAAAAGAUGCUUACGGGCCUCGAUGUCCUUUCGAAGGUGCCGUGGCAGAUCAAUAAGGAUGUGUUCGAAGUUAUGGUUCAAGCAUGGAAUAACGGAGAAGGUAUCGGGGCGAUGGUUGCGGAAAAUAACGGCCUAGUACGACCCGAGGAACCUCCGGCAAACGCAUCCAGAGCCGAAAAACUCGCAUGGAACAGGGCAAUCCACCAGUACGAAAACGCCCGAUCAGGUUUCCACUCACAACGCUGUUUUCAAAAUUUUCAGCUAGAGACUGCACGUGCCUACGUUAGGGAGAAGAAAUUAUACUUCCCUCACAGCGUAGAUUUCCGCGGUAGAGCUUAUCCUAUCCCCCCUAUAUUGAACCACAUGGGAUCCGACUUUGCAAGAUGUCUCCUCAGAUUCGCGAAUGGCAAGGAAUUGGGCUUUGUGGGUCUGCAGUGGCUCAAGGUCCAUCUGGCGAACCUCUACGGGUUUGAUAAAGCCAGCUUGCACGACCGGGAACAGUUCGCUAUGGACAAUCUCCAUGAAAUAUACGACUCUGCAACAAAUCCCCUUACCGGGAGAAGAUGGUGGACUAAGGCAGAAGAUCCCUGGCAAUGCCUUGCGUGUUGCAUGGAGCUGAAAAACGCAUUAGAAUCGCCAGAUCCAACCCGUUUCGUGUCGCAUCUUGCCGUUCACCAGGAUGGGACCUGUAACGGACUUCAGCAUUAUGCUGCACUGGGUGGCGAUGCUGCAGGUGCCAGCCAAGUCAAUCUCGAACCAUCCGACCGACCGCAGGAUAUUUACACUGGUGUUGCCGACCUUGUCCGGAGUAUGGUUGCCGACGAUGCUGCAAAGGGCCAUGAAUUGGCAAUCUUGCUGAAGGACAAGAUCUCUCGGAAGGUCGUCAAGCGAACUGUCAUGACUAACGUGUAUGGCGUCACAUUCAUUGGCGCUAAAAACCAAGUCGAGGACGAGCUCAGAGAAAUAUUCCAAAAAGAAAGCGAGACCACAGAAGUUUGGAAAGCAGCAUCAUACGUCGCGGGCAAGAUAUUCCAAGCCCUGGGCAAGAUCUUCAAUGGAGCCCAAGAAAUCCAAUACUGGCUUGGCGAAUGCGGCGAACGUAUCUCAACGUCCGUGUCUGCGGAGCAAGUCAAGAGGCUUCGACAACACCUUGAGGGAAGCCAGCCAGCCUAUGACGCCAAGUACAAGAACCCCAAGCGUGUGAGCAAAACCCUGGAAAAGAAGCUUGUUAAAGAUAUGGAAGCAUUUAAGACACCCAUCAUUUGGACAACGCCUCUCAAAAUGCCGGUAGUGCAGCCAUACCGCAAGCCGGGAACUCAUGUGAUCAAGACGAAAUUGCAGGAUAUCGUCAUUCACCGACACCAGGGUCACGCGGCUGUCGACAAACGUAAACAACUUCAAGCCUUUCCGCCCAACUUUAUCCAUUCUCUCGACGCUACUCACAUGAUAUUGUCGGCGUUGAAAUGCAAUGAGAUGGGUCUCGAUUUCGCCGCCGUCCACGACAGUUUCUGGACCCAUGCCGCUGAUGUCCCCAACCUGAAUGUUAUCCUGCGCGAUGCCUUCGUGCGCAUGCAUUCUGAAGAUAUCAUGGGUCGGCUCGCCGCUGAAUUCCAGGCGCGCUACGCGGGAUCAAUGCACAAGGCACAUCUUAAGUCUUCCUCUAGUGUCGCAAAGAAGAUUAUGGCCUGGAGAGCGAUGCCGCGUAGCGGCCUCGAAGAUGGACGUUCACACCGUACUGAAAGAAAGGACGCCUCUUUUACUGAACUCGUCCUCGAGGCUCAGCGGCAGGAACUGCUGAACAGCGAAGACCCAAAGGAUAAGGAACGGGGCCUGAAGAUGGUCACACCAACGAGCAUAUGGCUAGCAAACCAAGAUCCUAGCGCCAUUGCAUCGUAUCGCCUUGCUCUCUUGGGCGACAGCAAGGAUACAGCUGGUCGCAAGUUCGACGAAGUCAAAGAGAAGCUGCUAACCGCUGAGGCUGAUCACGUCACGGAGGAGCUCGAGGCUGCUGGUACCCCACCGAGAGAUAUCUCAGAAGUAGAUCUUGCCGCCGCGGAAGAGGAGAUGGAGGAACAACUCGAAAACGAGGACACAAAGAGCACCCAGGAGAAGAGGAACGCGAUGCGCAUCCUGAAGACCCAAGGCGUCGCUGUGUGGCUUCCGCUGACAUUCCCACCGGUGCCAAAGAAGGGUGACUGGGAUGUCUCUAGGCUGCGUGAGUCGAAAUAUUUCUUCUCUUGA